GCCUUCGCAGCAAAUCCUGACUCUUCCUCUGCUUUCUCCUACAGAUGCCAGUACGUCGCCCGAUGCCGUGAAGAGGAGCCAUUGGUGCAACGUGGCUUAUUGGGAGCACCGGACGCGCGUUGGCCGCCUCUACACAGUGUACGAACAGUCUGUCAGUAUAUUUUAUGACCUACCUCAAGGAAACGGCUUCUGCCUCGGACAGCUAAACCUGGAAAACAGGAGCGAGACUGUGAGAAGGACUCGAAGUAAAAUCGGCUACGGGAUUUUACUUAGCAAAGAACCGGACGGUGUGUGGGCUUACAACCGCAGCGAGCAUCCCAUCUUCGUCAACUCCCCGACACUGGACAUCCCCAACUGUAGGACUUUGAUAGUGCGCAAAGUGAUGCCGGGCUAUUCCAUCAAGGUGUUCGACUACGAGAAGUCCUGCCUCUUGCAGCACACGGCCGAUCUGGAUUACGCGGACGGGCCCUACGACCCCAACAGCGUUCGGAUCAGCUUCGCCAAAGGCUGGGGGCCGUGUUACUCGAGACAGUUCAUCACGUCGUGUCCUUGUUGGCUGGAGAUUUUACUCAGUAACAGUCGAUAACGGUCAGCCUCUGAUGAAAGGAAAAAGGAGAAAAAAAAAAAAAAAAAGACACA